AUGGUUCUGGAGGGCGCUGGUGUCAGAUUCAGAGGUCCAUUCUCGUUCUUGUACUAUUUGCUCUUCGCCACCUUGUGCCUGCCAUGUGUAUGGCUCAUUCAAUUCUGCUGUUUGUUCUUCGAGGCGAACAAGUCAUUGCUCAGGUAUUUCUCUGGCGAAGCUGACGCAUGGAUCACGGUGCGCUUGUUCAUCACUGCUUUCUUAGUCCUACUUGGAUCUGCCUUGUCGGGGAUUGCUGGUUUCUUGCUAAACGGAACCAAACUGCUCCAGCAGCCCUUGUGGCUAACAGCAGAUACCACCUUCCAACUGCUUUGCACGCUGCUUCUUAGUGGAAUGCUGGGCCCACGGUCUUGGGCCAACAGCUUGGAAGACUUUCAGAGACGUGCGUUGGAAGCAGGUUUUGGGUUGGCCCAGACGCGAAUAGCCUUCCCGGGCAAAAUCUGCGAGGAAAACACGCGAUGUGUCGUCUCAUUUCCUGGCAAAUACAGCGGCCAGUGGGACCAGCUGGUGUCAUCCGCCUCUACAGAGGGGGCUGUGUGUUCGGUGGCCUGUGUCUUUCUGACGGAUUCCACAACUGGCUUGGGGCAGCAUUCUUCUAAUCCAGAGAUGCCAGGUCACUGUUGGUGUCGCGCUAUCUAUGGCCAAGUCCCCCCCGAAGCGUAUCUUGCGACAGUGGAUGAGACUAGGGACACAGAGAGGGAGCGAGCUUUCAAGCGGGCCGAUGCCAAAGCCAUGAAUCAGCAUUUACUGGUCUACAAGGGACAGCCUCAGGCAGACUGGGAGCAUGACCUGACACGCGCCAUGCGCAAGGCCACUGAAUCUUGCCAACAGAAUCAUGGGCGAGCCCCAUGGGGUUGCCGAUGGUUUGAGGACUGGAAGAAGAAUGUGACUCGGGCAGCAGAGCUGGACCAAGAACUACACGUCUUUUACUUCGAGGGUAGAUGUGGCAAGGGCAAGCUG